AUGGGCCGGAUAUCGUCAAAGAACUACAUCAGGCUUCAUGCCUUGUUCCAGGUUGCGCUGGCGAUUUACCUGACGACCUCGCGCGAGACGGUCAGCGGCGCGGAGCUGGUGUAUAAAGUCCGGAAUGACAUGAGGAUUGAUAACAUACAGCCGUUCAGUCUCCCGCGCUCCCCGUUCGCAUACUGCGGCAUCUUGCUUCUGUCAUUCGCCCUGUUCGACCUGACGCUGGCCAUCAAGCUGCCCAUGCUGAACCAUAUCCUGGCCGUAGCGGAGUUCAUCCAUCGCCAACAGCUACAGCAGCAGCAGGAACGUCAGCAGCGAGAGUCUCUCUUUCGGUCUCAGACGUCAUCGCCCGCUCCGUCGACUUCGAGGUCGAGGUCGUCGUAUGCCCGGCCAGCGUCAACCCGUACACCAUCUUCCUCAUCCACAGCCUCAUCGGCAUCGGACACGUCCACGUCCUCCGAGCUCAACGAUGCAGCCCUAAAGAUAACCGCCGAAUUCUCCUCCCUCUAUCGCCAGCUGUGCAUUCUCCUCAUCACCCUGCGGUCAUGGAUCUUCAUGGUUGUAUCGUUGCGGAUAUAUCUAUCCCCUGAAACGGAAUGGGGUGCUACAUCAAUGGCUGCAUCGGCCACCUCGACAGUAAUGGGUGUGCCAGGAACGAGCACGGUUGGCGCAGGCAGCGUUGCGACCCCCUUUCGUAACGCCGCGGGCAAGACGAUACUAUGGUUUGACGAGGCCAUGCUCAGCGGAUCCGGACUUAGCACUGCAGCUGCUGCGUCCGGCUCCGGUUCUGGAGUUAACGUGGACGAUCUGAAGAGGAAAAUCGUGUUGGGCUACGGGGUGCUGGAACUGAUGUUUUCAUGCUGGAUUUUGUUUGCGCUUCGUGAGGAGAAGAAACGAGCCGAGCGCCAUCUUCGUUCUUUCGGCGUGGGCUUGGGCGCUGAUAUGGUUGCUGCUUUGCGAUGA